AUGACCAUUGGUACCUUAAUCCUAGGAUACCUAUCAAUUGAUGCUCAUUUAAGGUCCUAACUUAGAAUCAAAGAUAAUUCGAUGAGUCCUUAUUUUAAACCAGCAGGCUUUAUGGACUCUGACAGAGUUUCCUAUUUGAAAUUCACAAAUCUUAAUGAGAAUUUAAAUGGAUGUAUUGUGGCAAUAAAGAACCCAUACAAACCAGGGGAGGUCAUUCUUAGAAGACUAGUAGCAAGUGAAAAUGAUUGGAUAUAAAGAAUGGAUGAUGGAGGCAUUAUUAAAAUACCAAUUAAUCAUAUGUGGGUUGAAUCCAUUAAUCCAAAUGACAGAGGGCCUGAUUCUUUAUCUGAGUUUGGCCCAUUGUCUAGAGGAUUUUUAAUUGGGAAAGCAAAGCGAGUAGUGUGGCCUCUUUGGAGAUUUGAAAAAGUUAAUGAUCUUGAAAAAUUCAGUAAACUUACAAAUUACAAAUACCAACACUCGAGAGUGUUUUCCAAUUAAGAGAUAUUUAAUCUCUAUGGAAUUCGCUGA